ACAAUCCUAACGGGUAUUUGAGGACUAAUUUGAGUCACAAACAUGAAUCAAAUAUCCAACCUCUCAUCCCAUUUCUUCAUCACCAGUAAGUCGGUAACCCAAAGCUAUACAUACACACAGACUAAUAGAUAUAGUGAGAGAGAGAGAUGCAAGGCGGAAAGGAUAGUGUUGAAAACCCCAAAGCCACAAAACCCAGGGUGGUGUGUUGCAUAGGAGACAUCCACGGCUACAUAGCCAAGCUCCAAAACCUCUGGUCCAAUCUUGAAUCCCUGGUUGACCCAUCGGAUUUCAAAUCUGCCCUCAUCAUUUUCCUGGGCGAUUACUGCGACAGAGGACCAGACACCGGGCGAGUGUUGGAUUUCUUGAUUUCCUUACCCUCAAAGUACCCAAAUCAGUCCCACGUUUUCCUAUGUGGAAAUCACGAUCUCGCCUUCGCAGCAUUCUUGGGCGUCCUCCCUAAACCCCCGGACGGCUCCGCUUUCGCCGACACGUGGAAGGAGUUCGAGAUGAGUGAGGAGAGGGAAGGGUGGUAUAAGGGCGAGGGGUAUGAAAAUAUGCAUGUCCAGGGGAGGCGGUGGGCUGGGAAACACACAGUUGCCUUCAAUGUUGUGAAAGGGACUAGCUAUCAAGGAUCCAUUUAUGAUGCCGCCCCGACUUUUCAGUCUUACGGAGUUCCCCAUGGAUCUGCAGAUCUGAUGAAGGCAGUUCCUGAUGAGCACAAGAAGUUUCUUGCUGAUACAGUAUGGAUACAUGAAGAGGAUAACGUCUCCAUAGAAACCAAAGAAGGAAUCCAAAAUUGCAAAUUAGUUGCUGUUCAUGCUGGUUUGGAGAAAGGUAAAGAUGUUGAAGAGCAGAUUAAAGCACUGAAAGCUAAGGAUACAAGCAUCCCUAAGGUGGCAGCUCUGAGUGGAAGGAAAGAUGUGUGGGAAAUUCCAGAGGAACUGACUAAAACUCCAACAAUUGUGGUAAGUGGUCACCAUGGGAAGCUCCACAUUGAAGGCCCCAGGCUGAUUAUAGACCAAGGUGGUGGCCUAGAAAAUAAUCCAGUUGCUGCAAUGAUACUCCCUUCGAUGAAGAUUGUUCGUGAUACAGAUUGUUUUAGUCAAGUGGCAUGAUCUGAGUAGGGAAGGAAAAAAAAUCCUGAUCUUUGUGCAGAUGAGUGAGUUUUAAACAAUGAUUGGAUCUGUUGUUGCGUCUUUUCAUUUAUACCUUGUACUUUCUGUCACAACUACUAAUUAUAUUAUGAUUAAUAUUUUAUUUUCCUGAAUGGUUUGCCUUGUGUUUUUCAUAAAUUGUGAGAUGUUAUACAUUGCAGGAAGCCAACCCAUAACAAUGUUGCCUGCUAUUAACUUCACCAACGUUCUGAAGAUUACCCAAACAAAGGGUGUAAUUCCGAAUCAAUUAUAAUUGUAAAAACAUUUUUAAUAGUUGAUUUGUUAUAGCUUCAGUCGCAGGUUGGAUGAUUAAGCAACGCUUUAAUCCAGCCUUUCAGAUGACCGUGGUAAUGACAUCUCGUUCGUGAUGAUUGGACACUUGCUGAAAGUGGUGAUUCCCAAUAUGGUACUUUUACUUGCUCUAUGUGCAUGUGGAUGAUUGAUUUCGACUCAUGGCCUCUUUAGGCCUUCUACAAUCUACACCAAUUGUUAUACCAUGGACCAGAGUUUAUAUUGCAUCGUGAACCCUGAUACAAAAAUUCUGUAUCAGUUAACACAUUCUCUACCUACAAUUAAUAGUUUUUGUACAUGUAAACAAAUAACUUGAUAAUUACUAGCACAUAAUAUGAUAGCUACAGGUACAGAAACUAUCAACUGCAGGUACAUAAUGUGUCAACUGUAGAUACAGAAUUUGAAGGUUAUUUUUUACCAGGGUUUACAAUGCAAGGUAGACCUUGGUCCAUGGUAUAAUUUGCCCCACUUUAUAGACUUUUUUGGGUAUAUAUUUAGGUCAUUGGUUUUGACAAUACCCAGAUUCUAGUUUCAAUUCCAUUGUAAGAAAGGGAUUUGUCUCCCUUUCAGAGUUAGUCUAUGUGGUACCCAUGGUGGCUAACUGGCUACUAGCAUGUAUAUAUUUCUCUUGUUAUCAAUGAAGUGAUACUGUUCUAUGGCCU